UUGGGGUUUUGGUUGCGAUGUUUGUAAGUCAUCGCCGCCCUGCGCCCUUCGAUUUCUGCUUAUUAAUUUUGUUAGUCGGUCGAAAAUGGGCAUUCAACAUCACUCUCGGUCUUACAGCAAUUUGGGGCCUCAUUUCAGCCAGCGCCCCCAAUUUCGCAGCUAUCGGCAUUUUCGACGCCUUAUGGUCUUUUGGUGUUGGUGGAAAUUUACCAGUUGACUCGGCCAUUUUUCUCGAGUUUCUACCAGCGUCGCAUCAAUACCUCCUCACGAUUCUCUCGAUUGACUGGGCUAUUGCGCAAGUCAUCGGUACACUCAUCGCAUGGCCACUUUUGGGCAAUUACACAUGCGAGCAAGAUACGGUCUGUCGACGAAAAGAUAAUAUGGGCUGGCGAUAUUUUACCAUCACGGUUGGUGGACUAACACUUCUCAUGUUCCUUGUGCGCUUUGUUCUGUUCAAGAUCUACGAGUCACCCAAGUAUCUCAUGAGUAAGGGUCGCGAUGAAGAGGCUGUUAGAGUUGUGCAUACUGUUGCCAAGAAGAACGGGAAGACGUCAACGCUCAGUCUCGAGGAUUUGAAGGCUUGUGAACCGGAGGGUUAUGUUGCGCAGACAGAUACCAGCGCCGCGUUAAAGCGAUAUCUGGAGAAGGUCGACUUGUCGCAUAUCAAGGCUCUCUUCGUUACAAGAAAACUCGGCCUCAGUACAGGAUUGAUCAUGGCAGUUUGGGCACUCAUCGGUCUUGGAUAUCCCCUCUAUAACGCCUUCAUUCCGUAUAUUCAAGCGACUAAGGGUGCCGACUUUGGCGAUGGAAGUACAUACCUCACAUACCGAAACAGUCUUAUCAUUGCUGUUCUUGGUGUGCCGGGUGCUCUUCUGGGAGGAUGGCUUGUCGAAUUACCACGACUGGGACGAAAGGGCACGCUGUCACUCAGCACCAUACUUACCGGCGUCUUUCUCUACUGCUCCACGACUGCGACGACGAGCGAUGCUUUACUCGGCUGGCAAUGCGCUUUCAACUUCUUCAGUAAUAUCAUGUACGCGGUUCUGUACUCAUUCACGCCAGAGCUGUUCCCUACACCUCAUAGAGGAACCGGUAAUGCGUUAUGUGCGUCUUGUAACAGAAUCUUUGGUAUCAUGGCACCAAUCAUUGCCAUCUUUGCAAACCUGGAAACGUCUGCCCCUGUAUACACAAGUGGCGCAUUAUUCAUAGCAGCUGGACUCUUGGUAUUAAUUAUGCCUUUUGAGUCUAGAGGCAAAGCUGCAUUAUAAGCAGUAAUGUGACACCGAAUAUAUAAAUGAUGGUAUGAAUGGCAAAAAUACGAAGCGAAGCACUCUUUCAGGAUUAUUGAUAUAGCGUUUUCGUGCACUAGUUGCACAGAUUAAUGAUAAAAGACUGAUAUCAGUCAUGUUUCACUCUCUACUUCUCCUCAUCCCGUUCUUUGACUAGAUCUGUCUCAAAAGAUAACCCAGAUUCUUUUCUCAGUAUCCCAUACAUAGAAGAAGAAUCAAGAGGUCUUCCCUCAGCUUCAGAGAACCGCUUCGCCUCCUUCAGAUGCUUAAUGGCCACUUCAGCAACCUCCAGUCUCGCUCCAGACUGUUCAGCAAGAGUAAUUCCAUGACCAACGUCCUUAAUUGCUAGGUUUAGAUCAGACCAAGGCCGGUCGCCUCUCGCUGGCAUGUAAGCUCCGGUAGUAAGUCGUUGAGACAUGGAAAGUGCCAGAGGACCGUAUUGUUGCUGGAUCAAAGCUUCGAGGUUUUUGCUGCCUAGGCCAGACUUUUCUGCUAGGACGUGGGCUUCUGCCACGACUUCCAUCAUACCAGCUGUGAUGAAGUUUCUAUCUUGUCAUUAGCCCUGCUCGGAUUUCGGGGGAGAGCACCUACCCUGCUGUUUUCAUCUUGCUCGAUAGUCUCACAUCUUCACCAACUCGAAUCACGCCUCUUCCCAUGACUCCCUCUAAAUAUGGAUUAAUCUUCUCGACGGCGUCGUCAGGUCCAGCAACAAUCCAUAGCAGCUUUCCCUGCGCCGCAACAGGACUUGCUCCGAAGACAGGUGAGGCGAUGAACUGAGCGCCCUUCUCAUUCAAACGGGUUUGAGCUUUGGCCGAAGAGUCCGGGUGAACCGUUGAAGUAUCCGCGAUUACUUUCCCGGCGAGCUGUUCAGGGUCCUCAGUGUCAAUGAUUAUAUCAAGGGUUGACUCGAGAGCUGAGUCGUCACUGAGAGACAGGAAGAUGGUAUCGCAAUUUCCCACGAGGUCUUUAGCUGAGGGCGCAGGUUGAGCGCCAAGACUCUUGAGAAAGUCACCGCGAGAGAUAGUUCGGUUAUAGUAAAUCAGGCUGGGGGCGCCGGUUGAGGUUAAGUGUUUCUGGAGAUUUGUUGCCAUAGGGAGGCCCAUCGACCCCAGGCCUGCCAGUCAGUAUUCUGAUGUAAGGUAGGUGGUGAACGGAAA